AUGUGCGCUCUGAGGGAUAAAACAACUAACUUUUACCAAGAUCUUACCUGGUUUACCCUGCAGUGGCGCCAUACUAUGCGGCCUAUAACCUGGAGAUUUCAACAUGCAAGCAUCCCAUACCGGUGGUCAAUUCCAAGGGCCUUAACAGUGCAGGCAGCGAGGAAAUACCACAAGAUCACAUCGCCCGACGAUGCCUCCAAGUUCCUGACAGCACUCGGCAUUGCGGAUACCACACACGAGACCCAGAAGCCUCCACAAGGGCACCGGUGGGACGUCCCGAACGUCCGACCUUUCAUACCUUCUAUGGUACAGGACUCAAUGACUUAA